AUGAAACAACAUCUAGCUGGCAUAAAAGGGGAUGUUGGUGCUUGUUUAAAAGUUCAUUUUGAUGUUCAAUACUUGAUGAGAGAAUCGCUAAAAGACAUUGGGAUAAAAAAUAAAGAGAAGGCUGAUUCUAGUAAGUAUAAUACUCCCUACGGUGCUGCCGUACAUAGAUUUGAGGGAGAUAUGUUAAAUGAAGAUAGUGAAGAGUUUCGUCCAUCAGAAAUUCACAUAAAUGAAAGUAGGUUUGGUAGUCAAAAACAAAGUACAAUGCUAGACAAAUCAAAAAGAAAAAAACCUAUUGGUCUUGGUGACUAUUUUGCUCCAAGGACAAUUCCUUUUGUGGAUGCUAUAGCUGCAAUUGGGCCUGGGUAUAAACACCCAAAUUAUCAUGGUUUGCGUGUCAACUUGUUAAGAGAUGCUAAGAAGGAAGAUGUUGGGACGUUGUUGAAGAUGUUUGAGGAGAUAGCUUUAUGGAUUAGACCAAAUAGUAUUGUCCAUUUUGUCUUAGACAAUGGAUCAAAUUAUAAAACUGUUGGAAGAAUGUUGUCUGAGAAAUUUCCGAGUAUUACUUGGUCGCCCUGUGCAACACAUAGCAUAAAUUUGGUGUUAAAAGACAUAGUGGAGAUGGAUCAUAUAGUUUAUCUUGCGAGACGUGUUUCUGAGGGUUGGAAAAAAAUUAUUCGUCCGGACGCAACCGGUUUUGCUACAACUUUCAUUGCAAUGAGAAGCCUUCAUGAGCACAAACAUGACUUGCAAGCCAUGGUGACAGAUAAGUCAUUUGUCGAUUCUCGAUAUGCAAAAAGUAAUAAAGGCAAACAGACUAUUGACAUAAUUCUAGAUAACGAUUUUUGGAAUGAUAUGGGUAAGAUAUCCAAAGUUGUGAGUCCAUUGAUGCGUUUGUUGCGGAUUGUUGACUCAGAUGAGAAGCUUGCAAUAGGAUAUGUGUAUGAUGGCAUGAGGUGUUACAAGAGAAUAAGUUUCGAUCCUAUUGAUUAUGAAAGUAUUGACAAAACUGAAAGUUGGAUAGUUGAUGAUGAAGAGGAGGUCAAUGAACUUAAUUAUGAAGAGUUGGAACAAAUGUUAUAUGGAGAAGGAUCUAUUCCUGCUGGAGUUGCUGAUCACCCUUCUUUUUAUGAUUCAACCGAUGGUUCAGAAGAUCCAUCAAGGUCUCCUUUCUCACCAUCUUCAGACUUCAAAUUCAUUGAUCAUUCUGUAAAAAUCUGUCUUCGCAAUUUCGCUACUCUACAUCAAAACUUUGCCCUGUGA